UUCGUCGCGGAAUCAAUAAACAGAGCAGAUUUAAUUGAAUUUCCCCGAAUAAGUGACAAAAUAAACACUUGAAAUGAGUGUUAAAGCGAACGGAAACGUUCCGGAGAAACUCGGAUCCGCGGCAUCGGAGAAGAACAAAUGGCAUCUGGAUUGCCUGUUGGAGAAGCUGAAGCAACAGCAGCAGAACAAAACGUUCCAAGAGUUGUCCAAAAGUGUGCGGAUGUCAUUAUUGGAAAAACGAUAUGCGAUGGAUGCAAUUGAAAAAGCCAACUUGCAAAAGACUCUGGAUAACUUGCAGCAAUACAUUCAGGUGAAAAAUGUAACGAGAACGUGGCUCGUUGAACGACUCGAAAGUUUGUCGCGUCAAUUAGGAUUGAAAUUCAACAUCGACAAUGGACUUUUUAUCUCAUCCGACAUGUUUUACAUCGAAAUAAAUUUAAAUUCGGAUGACACGGUGAAAGAAGUAAAUGUGCAUCAUGAGGGCGCGAAAGAACAUUAUCCAUGCAAGGAACUUGUCACAGCAAUUUCAAAGGGAGAUUUUAUUGAUUUGACGGCGCAACUUGAGGGACUCAUCUCCAUCUAUCAAAUUAACGCGGAAAAAGCCGUAAAAUGCAAAGCUUUUGUCGCAUUACAAGCUUUAGAGACAGAUUUGGCUCAUUUUUCGCUUUUGCAAGCAUCCAUGACGAAAGAUAAUUAUCAAAUGUGUAUGCAUUCACCUCUCGGGCUGUUACAGAAACGUCGCGGGGGACAUCCAAUGCAAAUCACGUACUUUGUGUCAGCCUACGAUUUAAUAGAUCCCGAUCGAAAACAACUUGUGUCGUCUCUCACGAACGAUUUAAUCAACACGAAAAAAAUUGGCAGCAGUGUGACGGUGAAUUUAGAGGCUUCGGCAUCGACUCGACUUCAAAUCCAACCGUUAUUGCUGAUAAACACGGAUGGACAAGGCUGUACAACAUCCGCUUACUCGCAAAUGAAUCAAAAUAACUCAAUGUUACUUCCGGCAACUUUUGUGCUGCGUUUGAACAAACCAAGUGCCGUUGGAUGUCAAAUUGUGCAAGAAAUUGAACGCAUCACAGAACAAAAGUUGGCGAAUCAAACGGCAGUCCCGCUUAUGGCUCUGAUUGUCAGCAACGCUUCCGACGGGAAAAUUACCAACAUCGAUCGGAGCAUGUUCGUCUCCUUGCCAGAUCAAAAUCAUUGUUAUUUUUUGUCAGAGAUGAAGGAACAAGCAAUUCAAGUGACCAACAUUCCCUUUUCGGAUCCGCAACAAGUCCCCAAAGUCAUAAGAUUGCUCCGGCAACAAGCUUUGUUCAACACUCUCAUCAGCAGUUGCGUCAGAAGCAAUAAUAGCGCCCCAAAAGACCUCGAAUCCUUGCAAAUGUUUGAAAUUACCGCUUUAUCAUCACAAUACAUCACCGUAGCGUUAGAGCAUCCGUACCAGCAGCAAUUGACAACGAUUGAAUUUGACCUCAGUGAUAUGGGCAAUAUCGGUUGUAACAUCUACGGCGGCACCCAAAUCGGAAAUAUCUCGAAUAAAAUUGCAAAAGUCAUCCAAACGUGCAUGUCGAUCCCGGUUACCAUGCGUUAUUUGCUGAAAUCCUGGCAUCAAGAGUAUGCAAGAGUAAAUUUACGGAAAUUUGAUUCAGAUAAUUACAACAUGUCACUUGGUUCGAAUGAUCCUGGCGUCGAAGAUGAUGAAUAUGAUCCGUUAGCGCCGAACAGUAAUGAUAACGAUUAUUCGCAACAAGGCAGAUAUUUGAAUAGCAAUGAACAGCAGAUGAGCGGAGGCAAUGCGAGUGACAGAAUUGCCGAAGCAAUGGAAAAAAUUUGUGGCAAACCGAUCAAAAUGGAAGAGGAUGAUGAUAUUUUUGACGAAUCGAAUGACUCUUUUUCGCUUGCAGGUGCCUUGGAUAAUCCCGCAUCCGCUUCAAGUUACGAUUUUGAUCCAAAAGAAGUUCUUGAAGGUCCGCCGCCGAAAAAGAUGAAGACAGAAAUUAGUAUUACGCCGAUCGGGGGAUCGCAAUUUGGUCAAAAUGUGACGUUAGAACGACGAGGCAUCGAAAUUAUUCCCAUUUCGUCAGCAAAUGCAAAAGACCUGCCCGCAUCGAUUACCAUCACACCAAUUAACAAUUCGUCAAAGUCCUCGUCGGAAAAAAGAUCAAGUUCCGGGUCAUCGGAUGGCAAAUCUGAAAAGAAGAAGAAACGAAAACGCGAGGAAAAUAGUCAAAUGGGUCCGCCAGAUCCGCUGAGUAAGCCAUUGCAUCAUCUUGCUUCGGGUUCGUCGCCCAUUCAUCGCACCUCGAGCGGCGGAAGCUCCUCAUCCAGCGCCAAACAAAGUCCCAAACAUUCGCCUGUGCAUGCGGCAAGUCCGAAACAUCAGAGUUUCGCAUCGAGCCCGAAACAUUCGAUUUCAUCGCCGAAACAUUCGUCGGGCGGCGCCAGUUCAGGUGGGAAACCGAGCAUGUCUCUCAUGAAAUCUGCCGCCAAUUCGCCCAAAUCACUCUCAUUAGCGACAUCACCAUCACUCACAUCGGCUGCGAAUGCGGCGGCUCUCGUUGCCGCUGCUGCCGGCGAAAAUGGGCAGGCAAAAAAUCGCAAAGGCUCGCUCACGAACAUCAUUGAUAAGCUAAAGUCGAAUGCGCAGACCGACGAUAUUUUUCAAUUUUCCGCACAAUCAUCCUCGCCGUCACUCGCAUCAUCUGCUUCCUCCACAUCCAACACGACACAAUCUAACACAUCAAACAAUGCACAAAACACGAGUUCAUCCAUUUCUAGUAGUAAUAGCGGUAAUAGCAGUAGCAACACAAGUAGUGCACCAAAUCAAUCAUGCACAUCAACGAACAAACCAUCAUCCGAAUACAUGGUAAAACACAGUUCGGAUGGCAUGAAAAUCACAAUUAACAAGACAAAAUCAAAGGACAAGUCAAGUUCUGGCCUGACAAAAAGUGCCUCAUUCACAUCGGGCUCAAGUUCGCCCAAAAUUCACACCGGAUUAAAGCCUGGCGUCAAUUCUGGUCCAGCAAGCAAGAAACCCAGCAUCAGUUCAAGUUCAAAAUCUUCCAGCGGCAUGAGCGGCAUCCAAAAGUUACCGUUCCAAAAGUCGAGUUCAUCGGGAAAUUUGUCGUCAACUUCUUCUUCUUCGUCAUCAGGCAAAGUUUAUUCCCCCUCCAAGUCGAGUAGCGGAAGUUCAAAAGACAAAAGCAGCAGCAAAAGUAAAUCUUCGAGUUCAUCAGGCGGAAUUUCGGGUUCAAGUUCUGACAAAUAUCGCCCCGAUGCUACAGACAUCAUGAAAAUGCUCGGUUUCUCGACAUCUGGACAAGCGGAAAACUUUAUGAAAUCCUCAAAAUUUCAAAUUCCAAAGAUUUCGGCGCGUGCUUCGGGCACCUCAUCCGGCGGCGGAAGUCAAAGCAGUUCAAAUUCCUCGGGCGGCGUCGAAGAUUAUCGCAAGGAAAAAUCCAAUACAUCACAUUCGGCUCCAAAUACGCCUUCGACAAACACUCCCGUGGAUUUUGCCUCGAAAAUUCUUGGAGAUUUCAACAAAUAUCCAAUGUCGUAUUCAGCUGCCUCGAAAUUACCGGGAGAUAUUUCGCCAAUGCAUGUUCCCUCGGCAGCGGCAUCUUUGAAUAAAAUUUCCGUCGGCAGUUCGCCAAAGUACAACACGCAAGCCGACACUCGUGAAGCUAUGAAUUUGGAAACGUAUCACUCGCAAAAGCUGAAUUCCAUGGGAUUGAAUUUCCAGGGAGGCAUGCAUCAAGGCAUGACAGCGGAAAGUUUGCAGGAAAAAGCGAUGGAAAGUAUGAAGCAACAACAACAACAACAAAGAUCGAAUACUCCGUCGCAUAGUGUUCAUGCAACUGUCGUGAAAUCGCCGUCGCCAUUGAUAAUCAUUCCCUCGCCGAGAUCCAACGAGCACAUGGCAGACGAUGACAACUUGAUGGAAGAACUUGUGGCAAUCACAAAAUGACCAGGCAUGAAUGACCCAGAUAACGGAGCUCGAGAGUUAGUUGUCGCAUGCUAAAAAAAAAUCUCUGGGGACUGAUGAAAAAAAAAAUAAAACUCACCUAAUUUUUCUUUAAGUAUUGCUUAAAAUAAUAUUUAUUCUCAAAUAUAUAUCUUUCCUGUUUUUUCUUUGACAAUUUUUCAACAAAUAUAAUUUUUUAUCUCCCUUUUCGAUUAAAAAUGCACACAAA